CAACCAAACUCUCGAACGCAGAGAGAAAGCAUGUGGCCUCUCCGUUUUAUCCUCAGGUUCAUCACUGUUCCAUAGAUGAAACUGUGAAGCUGUGAAAGAAACCAACCCUAUCCACCAUGUUCCACCAAGAUCUCCUCACCGACAUCCUUCUACGCCUCCCCGCCAAGUCUCUUCUCCGCUUCAAAUGCGUCUCCAAGCACUGGCUCUCACUCAUUUCCAGCCCCCAGUUCCGCCGCCGCCGCCUGCGUCUCGCCUCUUCCGGCAUCAUCUUAUGUCAAACAACUGAUCUCAUCCACCAUACAUCUGUCGCCGGAAGCCACUCCGACCCGCCCUUUACAUCCCUGAGCUUCAUAGGCGACUCGGCAGGUAUGAAGAUCCUCCAGUCUAGUUAUGGUCUGCUGUUGUGCUGCAGCAGCCUUCACAAAAGGGGUAAACGCCGCAGCUAUUACAUCUGCAAUCCUUCCACGCAGCAAUUCUCGACUCUUCCUGAAGCAGAUUGCGAAAAUAUUUCCAAAACCAUCUACGGAGUUUACUUGACUUUCGAUUCGUCCAAGUUGCCUGAUCACUACCAAGUUGCGUCUGUUCGAAGUUGUUCUUCCCCAUCAUCACCAUCAUCCAAUAGCUUCCAAAUCGUGACUUACUCGUCUAAGACUCGGGCUUGGAGGAUUUCCGGGUCUCCUUUCAUUGCUCCAGACAUGGUGUUUGACAACGGGGUACUUUGGAAUGGAUCAAUACACUGGAUUAGUCCAACUGGGGAUUCGUUCCGUUUCGACACCGAUCAAGAACGCCUCGGAACAAUGCCUAGUCUUCAAUCGAAUGAGAAAUGGAGCAACAAGAGGCUGAGGUACUUCGGCGAGUCGGGUGGUCAUUUACACCUAAUUGAAAUCUACGGCAGCGCCACCCAAUUUUAUGUCUUUGAGAUGGAGAGGGACUACUCUAGCUGGGUUCCAAAGUACCAUGUUGACAUCGCAGCAAUUAUUGAUGCGUUUCCUGUGAUGAUUAGGAACUACCCGGAUGCCACUGACUCUGUUUUUUAUGCUUUUAGUCUGCUGUUUGUGAAAGAAGAUGAAGAAGACUCAUUUCUAUUAUUGCACGUUCCCGGUGAGUUUCUGCUAUAUAAUCUCAGGAAUGGGACCUUCAAGAAGCUUGGUCCUAUAUCAACCGAAGCAAACGUUGCAUUCCAGAUUGGAUGCUUCCAUGCAUAUCAGUUUAGAGAGACACUGGCUGAUGUUUGAUAUGUCACAUCCUUUUUGUAAUUGUAUGUUUUGUGCUUCUAUCAUUUUUGGAUGAUGAUUUCUCUACUUUGUGAAUCAACACUCCAUUGAGAAACUUAUUCGAUGAUAAUCGUCGGAGGUUGCAUAUAUAGGAUUCAUAGCAAUGAAUAGUUUGCCGUCGUCGAAAAUUGUUGGAACUUGUUCGCUCUUAGCUAGGAAAAUUGCCAAAGCUUUAAGGACGAGAAUAAUAAUCAUAAGGCUUAAUAAGCCAAUUUGCUAUCUUAGGAUUCACAUUGGUAUCAAUUUGCUACCU